AUGCCUGUCCAGUUCUCAGCAACACAUUCUUUGGACAAAAUGCGACUUAUCUACAUGCACAUGUUACUUGAUGGUAUAUGUAAGAGAGCAAUGUGUGUAUUGCUUCUUGUACAAGGUGCAUCUGGAAAGUUUGCUUAUACAAAACUGUACAAACAUAAACAAACAAAAGAGCCAUCAAGAAAUAAACAGAAAAAUUCCCAAAAACAUUCUCUUGACCUGUUUCUUGAAAGUCUGUGCACUACUGGACUCUGGUGGGUGAAAAUUAGAACUACUUACCCGACUGAACUGUUUCAGACCAUCUGUCACUGUACAGGCUUGCCUGACCCGUCAUUAGAGACUUUGAUGAACAUCAUUGAAGCCCAAGAUACUUUUGACUAUGCUGAGUGUGAGUUAGAUCAGCCAUGUAUUUCUCAAAUUGCCUGUGCUAAGCAAGUUAUGUCACGCCCGCGGCCCCACCGGCAGAGUCAGACUGUAAACACUAGCCGGCCGCGUCAUGUUAAACACAUUCGUCAGCCGCGUGUGCAAAAUGAUAGACUUACGUCUUGCCCUAAGUGUGUUCUUGCUCAUCCUCGAAAGGACACAUCCAGACUGUGUUUGCGUAAACGCAAGAACAAUUCUAGUGCUGCCCAGCCCAUGGAUAUUCAUGUUAUUCAAAGCCAGCCCGCCCGGAAGGUCGCGUUUAAAGAUUCUUCCACGGUUAGUGUGGGUAAUAAACUUGUUCGCAAUAAGCCACCCACCCAGCCCUCUGCUAUGCGACCCAAGCGUAAUUCAAACGCUGUAAAACGUAAUGUACAGACUGCAAGUGAAGCGGGAGUUGUUGUUCCACCCGCCCAACCCACGAGUUGUCGUAAGCAGCGAACACGCGCUAAACGCGCUGAUUUUGUGUCUUCCGCCUCCACUGCACCGAUCCAGAGACAGUAUUUGGUCCGCGGCGGGUUCCAGCCGCGCCUUCCGACUUCGCUGCCGCCCCCAGGGCAGCAGCAGCAGCCGUCGCCACGCCGACAGCGCGUCCCGUUGAUGCCUCCCGCGCAGCUUCAUACGGGAGCGCCCCGGGUGGUCGCUCCAGCGCCUGCGGUCCCUCUUCAGUCGCCGCCGCCUUCGGAGCUGAUGGACGUCGACCCCUCAGCCGGGCCGCCUUCCCAAGCGGUGGCUGUGCAGCCUGUCCUGCAGCCGCUUUCCUUGGGCACCCCCAAGGAGUCUGACACCGCAGCGCCUUGUCCGGCGCCCACUCAGCAGCCGUCGACGCAGCGUCAGGAGACGCUGCCUCUCUUCGUGGGUCCCGACGCCCCGUCGCGUCCAGUACCAGAAGCUGCACCCGUGGUCACAGGCGUGCACCCUGACCUCGGUUUUCAGUCGGUGUUUCCCGAGGCCCCGCGCAGCCAAUGCUGGGGUGCGGACCGGGGACUGCCACCGACAACAGUCUCUGCCCCGGUCUCUUCUGCUACGCCUGCGGCCUGA